CCCACGGCCACGUUUGUCCCUUUAAAGCUUACGUUUAUUUUUGUGUAUGGUGCUCGGUUUGUUAUUUAUGACUAUGAGGAGUGAGAUCCAUACGAAGUCUUCUCCAUUUAACACUUCGAAAAUAUAUACAAAUUCAUCAGUUCCGACACCACCGACGCAGACGGCACACAUUUCUGAAGUUCAAGUGCAAAUACCCAACGCAAAUUCGACAUGUAUACCAUGCAACAAGUUAUUUUAGGAACAUAUUUUACCAAAAAAAAAAAAUCACACAAAAACAAAACUCAAGACUUCAAUUAGCUUUUCUCAAAAAAAAAAAAAAAAGACUUAAAUUAGCUUUAAAAACAACUUAAAUUCCAAAUAAUCAGCUAGUAAGAGAGUUCGCAAGCGAAUGUCUCUGAUUUAAAUUCAGAGUAGUUUCAGAUGUUUUAGCAGAACUUUUUACGUGCUUACUAUCAUCACUUAGUUGGACAUUAUGAUGAAUAUCUCUUUGGUCCCAAUGAAAAAAGAUUCCUAACCAAACUAUUCUAAAAGCUCUAAUACACAAAAUAGCACACGAUUUAAACAGAGUGGUCAAGAGUUAUGUACUCAUGUCAUGGAAAUACUUAAUUAGCGGGGGAAAAAGUCGGUCAAAUGAUGGGGCUUAAACUUGAAAUAAUCAUCAUGUCACAACGUGUUACUGCUUUAGCUUCGCUAUUAAAUUUCGUCGUUUCUGCGUAUAAACAACCUAUUACAUCAGGACACGUGGAGUCAUUUCCACGCGCUCGCCGGAAUAAUUACGUUACGAGCGAAGAAGUUGAGUCAAAGAAGGGGAAGGUUACAAAGCUGACCUCAUAGACCUCUGUAGCCGACAUGUCAGCAAAUAAAUAACAUACGUGGCAAGGUCCCACUGGCCACCGACAAGCUAGAAGAAGAACUUACGGCGCAGAUUUAGCAAUCCGACUAACGUGCGCUCUGAAAACUACAUUAAAUACUCUGUUGUUUUUCUCUCUCUCUCCCUCUCUUUCUUAGAUCUUUCUUUUAUUUGCCUGAAGGAACAAAAGCUGUGUUCUUCUUCCUUGUUGCUUCCGUAGAUCCCUUGUCGGAUUUGGGAAAGUAUCAAAUGUUGUUGUGAUCUUGAAACACUCUGCAUGACUCCGAGGGUUGCGAUGAGGCGUCGCUCAGCAGAAGCUGCUCCUGCAGAGCCAACGGAGAAGGGCAACGACGGGAAGAAUCAGAACAAUCGAAUCUAUUUGUUGGUCUCUUUAUCACUCCUUUUCUGGGCGCUCCUCUUCUACUUCCAUUUUGCUGAGAAACAGAUCCAGCUGCAACCUCAACCUCAACCAUCAUCAUCAAUCUCUCUUCGAGUAGAUAAGUUCCCUCUCGAUCCUCCCAAAGAGAAAGAGCCUUUAGUAACAACACUCCCUCCUAUAGUGGAGAAACAGGAGUUUCCGUUUGUAAGAGCGUUGAAGACAGCAGACAACAAGAGUGAUCCCUGUGGGGGCAAGUACAUCUACGUUCACGAUCUCCCCGCCAAGUUCAACGAGGAUAUGCUUAGAGACUGUAAGAAGCUUAGCCUCUGGACCAACAUGUGCAAGUUCACCACCAACGCUGGCCUUGGCCCUCCUCUUGAGAAUGUCGAAGGCGUCUUCUCUGAUCAAGGCUGGUACGCCACUAAUCAGUUCGCUGUUGACGUCAUCUUCAGCAACCGGAUGAAACAGUACAAAUGCUUGACCAACGACUCUUCCCUCGCUGCUGCCAUUUUUGUUCCUUUUUACGCUGGUUUCGACGUUGCUAGGUACCUUUGGGGUUACAACAUCUCUACCAGGGACGCGGCUUCUCUUGAGUUGGUUGAUUGGCUCAUGAAGCGGCCUGAGUGGGAGAUCAUGAGAGGUAAAGACCAUUUCCUCGUGGCGGGUAGGAUCACUUGGGACUUCAGGAGGUUGUCUGAAGAAGAAACUGAUUGGGGGAACAAGCUUCUCUUCUUGCCAGCUGCCAAGAACAUGUCUAUGCUUGUCGUGGAGUCUAGUCCAUGGAACGCUAACGAUUUCGGGAUCCCUUACCCGACCUACUUCCAUCCAGCGAAGGACUCUGAGGUGUUUGAGUGGCAAGAGAGGAUGAGGAACCUCGACAGGAAGUGGCUUUUCUCUUUUGCAGGAGCUCCGCGACCCGACAACCCCAAGUCCAUCAGAGGGCAGAUCAUUGAUCAGUGCAGAAACUCAAAGGUUGGGAAGCUGUUGGAAUGCGAUUUUGGGGAGAGCAAGUGUCAUGCGCCGAGCAGCAUUAUGCAAAUGUUUCAAGGCUCUCUCUUCUGUCUGCAGCCACAGGGAGACUCUUACACUCGGAGAUCGGCUUUUGACUCAAUGCUUGCCGGUUGCAUACCUGUCUUCUUCCACCCGGGCUCAGCCUACACUCAGUACACCUGGCAUCUACCCAAGAACUACACAACCUACUCGGUGUUCAUCCCUGAGGAUGAUAUUCGGAAGAGAAACAUGAGCAUAGAGGAACGACUUCUCCAGAUUCCACCGGAGCAGGUCAAGAUCAUGAGAGAGAACGUGAUAAACCUCAUCCCAGGGCUGAUCUACGCGGACCCGAGAUCAGAGCUGGAGACGCUGAAGGAUGCAUUUGAUGUCUCGGUGGAGGCUAUCAUAGACAAGGUGACUCGGUUAAGGAAGAACAUGAUCGAAGGUCGAACCGAGUAUGACAACUUCGUGGAGGAGAACAGCUGGAAGUAUGCGUUGCUGGAGGAAGGCCAACGGGAAGCUGGGGGACAUGUCUGGGACCCGUUCUUCUCGAAACCAAAGCCUGGAGAAGAUAGCAGUGGUGAAAGCAAUGGAGGAGGGACGACCAUUACGGCAGAUGCAGCUAAGAAUUCAUGGAAGAGUGAACAGAGAGAUAAGACACAGUAAUAAAAAAAAGAGACAGAACCAACCAACAUUUUGUUUACAUAUAGCUUUUGGUUUAUUAUUAUUAUACGGUCAAAAAUUGAUUUAUGUUUUGCUGUUGUAUUGUUAUCAAAAAUGUAGUUUCUCCAGGUUCAUAGAGAUCAGUUUGUUUGAGCAUAUUGUUGUAUCAGUUUCAGCAACCCACAGAGAUUAAUAAUGACAGAGUUACCCUUUUCAAGUUUA